UCCAAGGAGAGACAUCAAUCGCGCUGAUUGUGUCCUUUUGACGCAUAUAAAAAUGGUCUCCCGAUCCAUCACCAAAAUUUAUCAGAAAUUUGUGAUAUCGACCAAAACUUAAAAAUAGAAAUAAAUAAACAAAAACAAAAACAAAACUUGGAGUAGUGGUCUUUGGCCGGAGGGAGUGUCAUCAAAUCGGCAAAGUGAGAUGGAGGAGCUGAUCCACGGUCGUGAAGUUGCCAGUGGUCAACUUGGUGCAGGUGCAGGUGCAUCAUCUUGGGAUGUUGAUCAUCUGCUUGAUCAUGCUAUUAAGUGUGAAGCUUCUAAUGAGGAGACUUGUAAGAGUGCUUCGACCUCCUCCACGGAUCGCAGAGGCUCUUACAAGAAAAGGAAGACUUGUCACUCUUGGAUUAAAGACUCUCCUGCUUUGACUGAAGAUGGUCAAGCAUGGAGGAAGUACGGACAAAAACUCAUCCUUAAUGCCAAGCACCCAAGGAACUACUUUAGGUGCACCCACAAAUUCGAUCAAGCAUGCCAAGCAACCAAGCACGUACAACAAGUUGAAGAUGAUCCACCAUUGUUUCGUACCACAUAUUAUGGCAACCACACAUGCAGAGACCACUUGAAAGCUUGUGAGCUGGUCUUGGAUUGUACAAGCCCUAGAGAGUCUUCAAAGUUCAUCAGAUUUGACGACAACAACCUCUCAAGCAAACAAGAGCACCCCUUUUUCUCAUCUUUUAAAUCGCUAAAACGAGAAGAAUGUUUCAAGGAAGAGACGACGCCAAGUGAUUAUAUGACAACCCAGCACCACAACCAAUUAGCAUUGAGUGAUUAUCUUGUAUCACCUCCUGAUCUUCCGGCAUUCACGUCCCCUGGGCUCAUGAGCGGGUUUGCAUCGGCCAAUACUGCUCAGCUUGACGAGGAUGCGAUUUAUAGGAAAAUGGCGGGGUUUAAUUAUGAUGACUUUGCAUUUGAUGAGUUUCUGCAAUAUGAGUUGAGGUAGAUGAUCAGUACGUACGGACUUGCAAGAGUUUGAUGAAGGAAAAAGUCGCGUGUUCUGAUUUGAAGAGAAUGAUCUAUAGUUGCUUUAUUAGUGUAGAAAAAUCAUGUAAACACUUUAUUCAUCCAAAAAUAGGAAGCAACCUUUGUGUGUCUUUUUUUGUUUUGUUUUAAUUACAUUGCUUACAUGAUAUUUC